AUGGCCCGUCUCAACACCCGCGCAUCCUCCUCCUCCACCGCCGCGCCCUCGGAUGACGACAAUGUGCGACAAUUGGACCAGGCGCGACAACAGAAUGACCAGAAAUUAAAGAGUCGUUUCGAGCGCAUCUUCCGCAAAUACGAACAUGAUUUCGAGGGAGUCGGCGAUGAGAUUGACUUGCAUUCGGGGGAGAUUGUCGUCGACAAUGGACAUCUCCAGAACAUGCGAGACGAGGCCGAUCCGGGCAAGAGCGCUUCCUCUCGCUUCGUGAGGACUUUUCAGGAGAAAUUGGGGCACGAGGAGGAGGUGGAGGGAGAGGGAGAGGAUACAAGUGAGGAGGAGGAGGGGGAUGAAGAGGAGGAUGGAGAGAAUGAUGGGGAAGGGGAAGAGUCGUCUGGACACGACAACACGAGCCUUCUCGAGCCAUUCCGUGCUCUGACCCGUCCACCUCCCCGUCUGGCACAAUUGCUGGUGGGAGGGACGGAUGUGGUGGAAGACGAAGGAUCUAGCGUGGAAACUCCAACAACCACCACCGCACUCUUGCACCAGAUCCCUGCUCUGCAAGACUCCAUGUCAACUCUCACGGGCAGGCCUAGACGUCCUACCAUUGACACGGACACCAUCCAGGCCUUGGGGACCUCCAUUGCUAAUCAGCUGGCACAACUCAUGGCCGCUUCCUCGACAACCUCCAAGAAGAGGAAGAGAAGCUCUCACUCAAAGUCGACGAGACCCACCACAGACCCCGUCUGGGACUUUCCCGACAUCAACAGCAACAACAGCAACGCCAAGAACCUCCCCGGACGGAAGAGAAGGAAAACUCCCACUCCUCCCACUCUCAAACCCGCAAUGCCUCCGCCAAUCUCCUCUCCACCCGCUGCUUCCCCCGGCCAGCGUUCCCUCUGGGCCCCCAAAGGUCGUCAACCCAAACCCCUCAAACCCGCCGCCACUCCCUCCCUCCGACGCCUUCGUUCAUCCGUCAUCCCCUCGUCUGCCGUUAAGGGUGCAGACUUGAGAAGAUGCAUGAAUUGUAGUCUGACAAACUCCACCACCUGGCACGAUGGACCGCAUGGAGGCGAUUUGUGUGUGUCGUGCGCCAAGUAUUAUGACCUUUAUGGGAGGAUGAAGCCCUUCGAUUCUCCCACUCCGUCGGUGGAAGAGGYGGACGAGGGUGUAGAGGACGUGCCGGAGAUGAGUCUUGAUGACCCGGUGUCUGAGGUUGCACUGGAUGAGCCGGUGCCUGAGACGAGUCUYGAUCAGCCAGUGUCUGAGAUGAUUCCUGAUGAAUCGGUGCCGGAAAUGAGUCUUAGUGAACCAGUCAUCGCUGCAGCUCCGGAGAUGGAAGACGAUGCAUCGGUGGAGGCUUCCUUUGUGCGAGAACUGGAGAGACAUGCUCAAGAGGAGCAAGUGUGGGAGCAACAUGCCCAAGAAGAACAAGAGGAACAAGAAGAACGUGAGCCAACGUUAGUGCUUGAGCCAUCUCAGCAUGCUCAACAAAGGCAAGAAGAACCUCCUCAAUCUCAGUAUCCACCAUCAGACCUUGUCCCAUUCCAGCCGAUAUCACCUCAACAUCUCCCUCUCAACACACCAAAACCUGCUUCGAGAGGCACCCCAAUCACAAUGGACGACGACCCAGGAUACGUCCACGAAACCCCACAGACUUACCCGGCCAACACUUCCCGACAGAUCCUCUCCCCCAAAGUCCUCGCCUACACCGACGAGGAAGAUGCCUUGAUCAUCAAGCUCAAGGAAAAGUGCAACAUGGGAUGGAACGAGAUGCAUCGUCAUCUCCCCCAGCGAUCCCUCUUCUCCAUUCAACACAGGUAUGCCCGCGCACUCCACAAUGCUGAUGUUCCGGGAAGGCAACUCUUCGAUAAGAUGUGGGCGGAGCAGGAAGCUACGGAAUGGAAGAAGUCGGCCACCCCGGGAAUGAAAUUGAACUGGACCCAAGAGCAGGAUGAGUUGUUGCUCGAACUUCGAGAAGAAAGGGAACUCGAUUGGAGCGAUAUUGCCAGCAUGCUACCUACACAUUCCACGGAGGCAGUGGAGUUACGAUACAGCGAAUUGGUUCGAGAAGCACAGCUCAGGCGUGAUGAACAAGCCUGGAAUGCGAACGCCGUCUGGACCGCCGAAGAGGACGCGCUGAUCGUGCGUCUCAAGGAGAUCAAUCACCUCGCAUGGCAUCAUGUCGCCGAGAGGUUUGGUGAGAACAGAACCAUGCAGGGUAUUCAAAAACGAUACACACGCACCCUCGCGCCCGAUAAGCGGAGGCGGGCGAUGAGUGAUCUCACCAAGCCGACCGCAGAAGAAUCCAUCUUUGAAGCCGACCCGGAAUUGGCGGACCUUCUCGCCCCCAAUCGACCGAGACCUCGGCCGUUUGAGCGGGUGGAAGACACUCUCAUCAUGGAUGUGGUGCAACAUGCUAAUGGUUUUGAUUGGGAAUAUAUUGCCUCUCAUGUACCGGGUAGGAGUGUGAGAGAGGUGUACAACAGGUAUAUCUGGCUCAUGAACAAUGAAGUGGUGAAGUCAGAAUUGAGGAAUCGUCAGCAACAGUCUGCACAGCCGGAAAGUCUACCAGAGGAGAAAUAUCAAUGGAGGACGUAUUCGCCCACACCAGGGCAGCCAAAAUUCAUCAGAAGGACGGAUACACCCCCGAAUUAUGACGAAAAUAGAGGCGAAUCCCCAACUGCUAUGGUAUCGGCAUCAGUCGGAUCAGGACACUACCGACCUUUUGUGCAGGCAGAAGAUGAUGUUAUCAUGCAGCUCAAGGCAUCCCACAAUGCAUCCUGGGAAGACAUAGCCCGGCGACUGCCGGGGAGGAGUGUCGAUGCCAUUGCACAGCGGUUUUCAGAAUUACUUCGCGCGAUACCCUCAACCUUCACCCCCGCCGCCGCUCCUCAUGCGCUGCCAUCCAGUCCCCAUCCCGCCGACACAUCGCCGUCGCAGCAACGCACACCCAUCGAACCAACACCUGGUCUCCAUCGCUACACCCAUCAAGAAGACGACCUCAUCUCUCGACUACGUGCUGCUGAUAUGUCGUGGGAAGCCAUGUCGCCGUACUUUCCCAAUCGCACUCCAGCAUCGAUCAAAGAUCACUGGCAUGCCGUGAUGAAACCCCGGGCGAGGAAAAGUCUGCCUGCUCCCACGAUGCAUCAGCCGCCAGCUGGAUUGUUGAGGACUGCUCUUGACAACAGUCGCAGAAGAUCCGAUCCGUAUUCGAGAGCAAGGGGUGUAGUCGCACGACAUGAUACUAACGGGUAUGGUGUUGGCGAUGGCGACAGGAAGGAGGAUCCGAUUGUGCUGUUUGAGGAUGAUGUCGAGAUGGCUGCUGCUUCGGAGCAACUUUACGAGGAGUUUCGAUCUUCGGUUGGGGAAGAGGGGGAUGUGGUGAGGGCUGGAGAGGAGCAACAAGGCAUGUCGCUGGUUGAUCAUCAGUCUCGAGCGCAGCGGCAACAAGGUAUGCUGCAGGAUGAUCAUCAAUCUCGAGAGGAACCACAACAAGGCAUGUCGCUGGUUGAUCCUCAACUUCUCGAAAUGGACCGCAUCACGAUGAAUGAACGCAAGGCAGAGCGACUUAUGAACGCCGCAGAACACUUCGCUGCUGAGCAGAACAAUCCGAGGAUCGUGCAGCGGAUUUGGGAGAUUUUGAAGAGUGUUGAUGGUGUGGAGCAUGUCAGCUUGAGGCAGCUCGUGGAACUUACCGAGGUGGAGGGGAAGUGCACGGGUGUGGAACUUGAGUGGGCUUUUGAGGCUUUUGAUUGGAAUGUUUGUCGGGGUGGUGAUGGAAGGACCUUGAGCGGGACGGUGGAGUCGCCGAAUGUGAGAAGUGCUGGGACGGAGAUGCCGAGAAAGGAAAAGGGGAAGGAGAAGGUGGGGAUAGUGGGCUCUGCUGGUGUUUUGAAACCUGCACGGAAGGCUACGGCGAAGGAGACACUUGCGCAGAGAAGAAAGACUUUGCCUGUGGCCGCUGCUACGAUCAGGGCGGGUCAGAGAACUUCUUUGCAAGGGGCGCAGACUCCUCGGCCCACUGGACAGGUCCAUCAUACCCCAAUUUCUGUGUUCCAGCCGACUACAACCACAGGCGCAGUGCAUGGGAAUCCUCUACAACGCGGGAAAACUCCGCAGCCUGCUCGGCCUGAUCUUGCAACUCUCCCAAGGCCGACAUCUAGAGGUACAGAUCCUCAGACCCAGGAUUGCAGGACACCUAUCUCGAUGCAGCCGGCCACGAUUCAUCGAGACUCUUUGCAGCAGAUGCAUACUCCAAUGUCCACUGAUUCUGUGAGGCGCUUGCCACCUUCAGCUGCAUCGACAGGCGCAGUUCGUGGGGACUCUUUGGAAGGGGUGGGUACUCGCCAACCUGCCGAGCCUGUUGCUCGCGCAGAGAAUCCUGUUCCCAAGGUCUUGACAUCCGGGACUGUUCCUACCGUCAGCAGUAAUGAUCGCUCCGGGCUCUCAGCACUGGUGCCUUCUACAUCAACAGCUCAGGAGACGCCUGCUGCUUCAAAGAGGUCUUCGCUGGUGAAUCAAGACUCAUCAAACUCCACAACUGAGGAGUCCCUCGGGACUCCAUCACGUCCUCAACACACCUCCUCAGAGCUCAUCCGYAUGGCAUUCAACGCCACUCAACUCAACACCAUGCAUCUCAAGAAUAUCUGUACUUGGGUUGAGAGGAACUUUGACUACUAUCGYACCGCAUCUCCAAGCUGGAAAUCCGAUAUUGUGAAGGAGUUGAGAACAAAUGACGACUUCGAGCAGUGUGGUAAUCGAAGAGCUAGGCCAUGGCGAGUGAGAGUCGCUAGCGAACCAACAAACAUCGCAUCUGAGCGGGAGAGGAAUCCUGUCGGGCGAGAGCGAGAGACUUCCAGACCUGCCUCGCCGUCACAACUCGACCCCGAUGAUGACUACGUCGUUAUCAACAGUGACCAUGACGCCGACGCUGACGAUGAUGCGAAUGACGAUGAGGAUUCUAUCGCCGUGAAACAUCCUCCGAAGAAAAAUCACAAAUCUCGUGGCAAGAGAACGACGGAUUCGGCGGAGGAUUUGCAGGAAUACACGCCUGCAGCAGCAAAAAUUCCAGGCGAUGCAGUCAGAAUUGUUGCGGCGAGAACACGCUGGCGCACUCAGUCCAAGUCCGUGGAGGUACAAGGAAGAGUUCCUCCACCUCAGCUGGAUCMCACAAUUGAAAUUGCGGAUAGUGAUGACGACGACGACGUCGACGACCUGGCCGAGCCGGUGAUGUUGCAGAAGGAGGCGGGAUCACAGCAAGUUUCUUCAGGAAAGAAGGUCCGAUUUGUGGAUACGGUGGAGGUUAGAGGCCCCAUCGGAAUAUCUGCGCAUGAUGGAACUCCUUGUCUGAAGAAGAAGAGCGCUCCUCGGGCUCAGGCUGGCGGUUUGAGCGAUGAUGCUGGGAAUUCCCGGGGCAAUUCUUCGUCAACAGCCAAAGUCCAGACUCCUGCUCGCGGCGGGAUGGUUGGGAAAGUCCCUCCCAGCUCACCUGUUUUUAAGAAACCCGCCAUCCCGGUCAGGAGAAGUAAGUCUGCCAUCAAGGCGGCCGUUACCGCAACUCCUCUAGCCAAGGUCGCGAAGUCUCGACUUGAGCUACUCAGGAGGGAGAGUUCUUCUUCUUCUUCCACUAUUGUUGGAGGAGGUGUCGGCCGUGGUGAGAUUGUUGAAAGGCAACCAGAACCGGAAACUCCAAAGACUAAGAAUUGGCCGCGGAGAUAUAGUACUCCCACGGCGAUUGUUUCCCAUCGAGGAAGUCCGGCUUUGAGGGGGGAUAGAGGGGUGUCAUUGGUGGAUCGGUUUGGAUUUGGGAGGGGGAAGAGAGUUUUGGAGACGGUUGUUAGGGUUGGGGAGUUGGGGGAGGGGGAGGAGGGGGUGGAUGAGUUGGCUUGA